GAUGACCGACACAAACUCAGAUCAUUUUGUGUCCCACCAGGUCGACUGUCUGCUGCUGUCUGUCGGCUCUGCCACGGGAAGUUCUCCCCGCGCAGCCUGUGCCACGCCUUUAACAGAUGGCCUCAGGAUUCCCUGGAAGUUGUCGAUGAGUCGGACUCUGCAGGGCAGUCGCCCCUUUUGUUCCACACAGACUUUCAGCGAUUGGUCGGCGUCCAGCUGAACAGAGACCCGCAGCUCUCUGAGUUCAUCUGCAAAAAAUGCCACACCAAGUUCUACAAAUGCCACAGCAUCCUGAUCCGCUUCCUGCAGAGAGUCAACCUCCCGCCUGUCGGGAAGGAGAACCUCAAAAGCCGGAAGAAUGCAAAGUGUCCAGAGUCCCCAGGAAACCACAACUUCAGAACUCCGCCGUCUUUUACCUCAGACCUUAAGUGCCUUCACAGCUUGGUGUCUUGGGCCCAUCACCACGGCGAGGCCUGCCGCUCCUGCCCCGACCUGAAGGAGGUGCUGAAGGGCCAGUGCUGGGGCUCGGUGACGGCCGUGUGGAGCUGCGUGGACGGCCACAGAUACCUGAUGGACACUCAGUGCAGCACGCUGCCCUCCGGCGGCAGAGCGCUGGACGGCGGCGAGGCCGAGGGAGCGCUGUCCGAGGAGGAGGAGGAGCGGGAGGAUCCCGAUGAAGAGCGGCUCAGCGGGAACGGACGGAGCUCCGCAGAGAGCCUGAGCACGCUGGUGCAGAGCGGCCUGCAGGCCGUCAGCACACAGACGCAGAACGCAGCGCUGGACUACUGGAGCGGCAGCAGGGAAGAUUUUGCAGGUCACCAGGAGGCGAUGUCUCUGGCUCCGGUCCACCCGGCAGACCGGACCGCUGACAGCGACCUCUCUGACAGAGUCGUCUCAGAGGACGAGUUUGAGGAGAGCCAAAAAGGGGGCUUGUUGGACGAAGAGCUAUUCCAACCCUUCUCAGACAAAAGAGCUCGCAGGGUGAACCCCAACAAGAGAAGGCAGAGCCCAAAGUCCCCGGACGAGCCAAAGGUCCGAAAGAAACCUGGACCCAAACCGGGCUGGAAGAACAAGUUCAAACCCAAAGGAGAGGAGCUUCCCAACAUCUACAAGUGUCCGUAUCAGGGCUGCACAGCAGUCUACAGAGCCCCGGAUGGUCUGAAGAAGCACAUCAAGGAGCAUCACGAGGAGGUGAGGGAGCGACCCUGCCCUCAUCCUGGCUGCAACAAGGUUUUUAUGAUCGACCGCUACCUGCAGAGACACGUGAAGCUCAUCCACACAGAGGAGAGGAACUACAUUUGUGACCAGUGCGGUCAAACCUUCAAGCAGAGGAAGCACCUGUCUGUUCACCAGAUGAGACACUCAGGAGCAAAGCCACUCCAAUGUGAGGUGUGUGGAUUCCAGUGUCGCCAGCGGGCGUCUCUGAAGUACCACAUGACCAAACACAAGGCGGAGGCGGACCUGGAGUUCGAGUGCCUGAUGUGCAGGAAGCGCUUUGAGAAAGCCCACAACCUGAACGUCCACAUGUCCAUGGUCCACCCGCUGACCCAGGCCGAGGCCCAGAGAGGCAGCAGCCAGCAGCAGCCGUACGCAGACCUGCAGACCAUCACGCUGACGGGAGAGGUGGUCCAGCAGGACCAGGACAGAUGA